CAUUGGUAUUGUUACAUCGAACAAGUCAUGUGGGGAUUGUGUCUUAUAAACUCUGCUGCGUGCUGUCCAAGAGCAUAAUUUAUAAUUCAUAAUUAUUAUCACAAUGCAUUGACGUAUUGUCGGGAUAAACAUUGCUUUGGUAUGCUUGGACGUGAAGUGACAUUAAUUUGUAGACGCCUUUUCGCCCGUAAGAAAAUUAACCACUUUUACGCGACUGAAUACUUCGAUGUGCAUAAUUCCGUUUUCAUCACUUCAGCGCAAUCAAGCAUUCCAUUUUCAUGCCAGGCACAACAGACAACACACUGCGAACCGUUGAGAUUAUUGGAGUUAUAAAUAAAGAAAAAAGGGGUAACUCUCGUUCAAGUUCAUGGCAAUUAUUCACUGCUGUUUGUCGCGGUAAGCUGUAGAGUCUUGAAUCGUUGAGUGUAAAGUUUGGUGUAGAAAAGUUUCGACUCUUACCGCAAAUCGUGUACCUAUCUUGAAACGAUGGAAUUCAACGAUUUGGUCGCGAAGAUGUUGUCGAUGGCGUUGAUAUUCGGGGGGAGUAUCUUCAUCGGAACAUUACCCGUAUUAUGCAGAAACUGCAGUGGACAACGAAGGCAGGUCUCCUCUUCAUUGCUUUGUCUCGGCGCUGGAGUUUUAUUUGCCACUUGCGCGCUGCACAUGCUUCCAGAGUCCAUACAAUCUCUCCCUGCCUUAAACGCAGGGCUAUUAUUCUGCGGCGGGUUCUGUUUACUUUACGCGGUGGACGAAAUGAUUUACUUUAUACGGGGUCGACCCAUCAACUUGCCGCACGUCCAUCGACCUGCAACAAGUCGCAGGAUCAAGCCCACAUCAAUACUUCGACGGAAUGAUGAUUGUAAGGUCACUGUCAGAGAUACCAGGGAGGGAAAUUUCUCCAAUGAAUACGUCGGUCACAACCCUGAUUCUCAAGUUUCUUAUCAGGCUUACACUCACGGCAAACUUCGAGAUCAUUCGUACGAGCCAAAUCUGAAAAACACAUCUUCCAAUCAGAGAAGUGUAUCUGACAAUGAGGUCCACUCUACGACACCUUCGACUCCAUCACUUUGGCCCGAUGAAAACGAAACCUUACUUACCCGUGAAGCACACAUCGAACCCGAUUCUGAGUUUAACGCGAGUCUACCGGGACUCUUGGCGGCGUUGGCCUUGCAUGCGAUUUUGGAAGGAGUUGCCAUUGGGGUACAAACAGAGACUGCUAAGGUGUGGCUCCUCGUGAUAGCAGUAGCUGCGCACAAAUUGGUCGUCUGCUUCUGUCUUGGCGUCGAAAUGGCAAGAUCUGUAUCAGUUUUGCAUCACGUAUUCGCUAUCGUUCUAUUCGCAGGCGGCUCGGUAGCUGGGAUUGGUAUCGGGAUGGCGGUUAAGGAAAACAGCCAUGAUUGGGUAACAGUGAUACCCGCGCUUAAUGCUGUGGCUGCUGGGGCACUUCUUUAUGUGGCUCUCAGUGAAGUUUUGCCGAGAGAAAGAGCCAGAUGGCAGAACACUCCAAACCGCUGGGCAAGAAUUUGGCAAUUUAUUUUCUUCGUAUCCGGCAUUGUCAUAAUAUUCAUAAUCAAGAAGUAUAUAAAGGCGACCUAAUCAUCGACUGGCAACGACUAACAGCUUCUAUCUCAUUGAACGACCAUCGACUAUAAGUUCCAGAAAUGUAUCGUAAAUUACAUAAAUAGAUUGUAGCGUUUUAUAUUUUUUUGUAAAAUUUGUAUUUAAUAAUAUGAUAGUCAUUUGUACAAAUA